AUGGCGGUGCUGGUGGAGACUAGUGUGGGCGAGAUGGUGAUCGACCUGCACACGGACCUCUGCCCGCUCGCCACUAAGAACUUCCUCAAACUCGCCAAGUCAGUCGCGCUCGCGCCCUCCCCCUGCCAACCCAAAGCACCUCCCCUCCCCCCCGCCCUUCUCGCGUCGCCCCUCACAUACCUUCACCGUUCAAUGACGCGCGAAAUGGAUGAAGUGCCUCGAAUUCUUUGCUACGGCUCUUGCAACCUCCCUCCCGCCCCUGCCCUCGCAACUAUCCCUCCAGAACCUCUGCUGUCACGCCGCGGCAUGCCUAUGCCCAUCCUCUUCCCCCCCCCCAGGAUGAAGUACUACCACCACUGCGUCUUCCACCGCGUGCAGCGCGACUUCAUCGUGCAGACGGGCGACCCCACCGCCACUGGCGCUGGUGGUGACUCCGUUUACAAGUGCGUGGGGGGGCACGGGGUGUUCCUGUACGGAGAGCAGGCGCGGUUCUUUGAGGAUGAGAUCCGGGCGGGGCUGAAGCACGACAAGGUGGGGGUGGUCGCCAUGGCCAGCGGAGACAGCAACCUCAACGCCUCUCAGGUGACCCUCAACGCCUCUCAGGUGACCCUCAACGCCUCUCAGGUGACCCUCAACGCCUCUCAGGUGACCCUCAACGCCUCUCAGGUGACCCUCAACGCCUCUCAGGUGACCCUCAACGCCUCUCAGGUGACCCUUAUCGCCUCUCAGGUGACCCUCAACGCCUCUCAGCCCCGUUUCCCACAUGCUGGGCCUGCACACAGGAUUAGUGAGAUCUCAUCUCGACUCAUUAUGAUUCAUUCUUGCAUUUUCCAUGCCCUCCUCUCCCACCCUCCUUCCGCUCUCCGCCCUCUUUUCUCCCUCCCCUUUUGGCGUCCCCUGCUGGCAUCCCCUACCGCCCAGUUCUACAUCACCACGCGGGCUGGGCUGGACUCACUCGAUGGCAAGCACACGAUAUUUGGCGAGGUGGCGGAGGGGUUGGACACGCUGCAGCGCAUCAACGAGGCAUUUGUGGACGACAAAGGCCGCCCCUUCAAGAACAUCCGGUACGCCCCUUCAAGAACAUCCGGUACGCCCCUUCAAGAACAUCCGGUCCCCAAUUGCCGCCUCUCCCCCGCCUCCUCCCCCACCAGCAUACGCCGAGUGCACGUGUUGGACGACCCAUUUGACGACCCACCCGGACUCGCUGACCUCAUCCCCGAUGCCUCCCCACCCAUGCCGCCCCCCGCUGCUGUGAGCCCUCCCUUCCUCCGCCUUCCCCCACUACCUCCGGGUGUUGGCGAGGACGUGCGGCUGGAGGACGACUGGGUGCCCAUGGACGAGGGGCGGGCGGCGGACGAGGUGGAGCGCGACGUGCGCCGCAGAGAGGCACAGUCCAGAGGCGUGGUGCUGGAGAUGGUGAGAGCGGUUGAGAGUGGUGCUGAAAUGAUAGGCGAUCUGCCCGAGGCGGAGUUCAAGCCGCCCGAGAAUGUGCUCUUCAUCUGCAAGCUCAACCCCGUCACCCAGGACGACGACUUGGAGAUCAUCUUCUCUCGAUUCGGCAAGGUCCUCUCGGCGGACAUCAUUCGAGACCAGAAGACGGGCGACAGCCUCUGCUACGGCUUCAUUGAGUUUGAGACAAAGGAGGCGUGUGAGGCGGCUUACUUUAAG